GUCCAGGUGGACGAUAAAGCUGAAAAUAUGGUGCCGACGUGCUUCUCACUCUCUGACUGAUGUGUCGAUCUUGGCACUCACACAUGGGAUCCACCUUGAUGCAAUCUUCUUAAAAACAUAUAUAGAAUCUAAUCACACUUUUUCUCCGCUUCCUGCAACUGAAAAUGGCAGAGACUUCCAACGGCAACGGCGUCUACGUCGAUGAAGAAGAACAAGAAGUAGUAAAGUUGAAGCAGAAAACGCAAAGAGUGAAAGAAACCUUGCCGGAGGUCCUUAACCGCAUCGCCUCCGCCAUUCUCUUCCCGGAACCUGCCUACUCCGGAUCCCUACUUCGCCGGAUCAAACUCUCCGUCGCCGACCACGCUCCUCUCCUUCCCGAAGCUUCCAAAAACUCCGCCCGCGACGUUCUCCUCUGGACUCGCCGCGGCACUCCCUUCCGCCCGCUCUUCGUCAUCUCCGUUGGGACGGUUACUUUUGUUGCUUUGACAGCACUGCUUGUAUUUAUGCUUUUCUUUCUAGCUGCAACCAUAAAUGCCAUUGUCAUAUCGUUGCUGAUAUCUUUGGCAGCUGCAGGAGGAUUCCUGGCUCUUUUCUUUGCUUUUGUUACAGCUAUAUACAUUGGAGCAUUAGCAAUUGCCAUAUUUGCUAUUUCAGUUACCACAUUUUGGUCAAUUGUGGCUAUUCUGAUAAUCACAGGUUUUAUUGGAUUCAUUUACACUGUGUGGCUGGUAACUAGAAAAAGCUUUGGAUUUGCUAAACACUCCUUGGACGUGACCGGCUCUGCAAUUUCAUCUUACACUACUGCACGGCAUGCCCACCACCUAAUACACACGAAUUCAAAGUAGGGGAUGAUCACAAACAGAGACUUAUGUACAAAUCUUAAGCUACAUGUCCGUGUUUUGGACUGACGCGAGCUUCUUUUGGCUGGUAUGAAGUCUUGUUCUUAGAUCCUUCAUAGUUUGGUUUCAAUCACAAUCCUUUGUUUUAUAUCUGAAUAGAGAGAUGUUUAGGUAAAUAAGCCAGGUUAUUGUGUGUUGUGUUUGAAGUUUGAUGUUAAUACAAAACAGUGGGUUUUCUUCUGUAGCCACCUAGUUACCUGGUGUAAUGCAACUUAUAGCUGAUAUGAAAUGAAAUUUGUGUGUAAAUGAUGUAAUUUUGGAACGAGUUAUGUGUUUGCUGCACUUGUGGGAACAACUAUAUACAUGCGGUACUUGUACAGCCA